AUGACAGCAAAUGGUUCCAAACCAGAAUUAAGUGUGGUCACAGCAAUUCAAACAUCUUUUGCGGAAAAGCAAUGUGAGCAACAUUUUGAAGAAAAUUUUAAAAGACUUACAGAUGGUAAGUUUGAAGUUAAACUUCCAUUUAAAGAUGAACAGAAUGAAUUGGGUAAUUCUACCAUAAUAGCUAAAAGAAGGUUCUUUGCUCUAGAAAGAAAAUUAGAGAAAAACAAAGAACUUAGAUUGGAAUAUAAUGAAUUUCUUAAAAAAUAUUUGGAAAUGGGUCAUAUGGAAUUGAUAAAUAAUAAUUCGUUUAUGAAUAGUGGGUAUUAUUUACCACAUCAUUGUGUACUUAGGCCAGAGAGUACAACAACUAAGUUAAGAGUUGUAUUUGAUGCGUCUUGUAAGACAACAACUAAUGUUUCGCUAAAUGAUAUCUUACAUACUGGUCCUAGGCUGCAAGAAUUUCUUUUUAAUAUUUUAUUAAGAUUUAGAAAACAUCGUUAUGUUUUUUCAGCUGACAUUGAAAAAAUGUAUAGACAAAUCUGGAUUUCUGAAGCUGACAGAAAAUAUCAGUUAAUAUUUUGGCGCUGGAAUCCAGAUGAAACUAUUAAAACAUAUGCUCUUAAAACUGUUACAUAUGGAACAGCUUCGGCUCCAUAUUUAGCAGUAAAAUGUUUACAAAAAAUUGCAGAUUGUAAAGAAGACAAUUUUCCAAUUGAAUCAGACCUAAUUAGGAAUGAUUUUUACAUGGACGAUUUGAUGACUGGAGGAGAUUGUAUAGAAUCAUUAAAACGAGUUAGAGAAAAUAUUGACAAUAUAUUGAUGGAUUUCGGUAUGCCUUUAAGGAAAUGGUGUACUAAUGAAAAAGUAUUGCUCCAAGGUAUUGAUCCCAGUUAUAUAGAAAAUGAUUUAAAUAUAGAAUCAAAUAAUUUGAAGUCUGUUAAAACAUUGGGGAUUGUAUGGAACCCAAAAACAGACAGAUUUAGUUUGAAAUGUAAAUUGGAAUUUCAGAAUAAAAUUUCAAAACGCACAAUUUUAAGCGAAGUUGAUAAGUUAUUUGACCCACUAGGUUUAAUAGGACCAGUAACGGUAAAAACAAAGAUGCUGCUCCAAGAUUUAUGGAAGUUAAUACUUGAUUGGGACGAUAAAAUUCCAGAGCAAAUGACUGAAAAUUGGCUUAAAAUUAAAGAUAAUUUCAAAUUUCUGAAUGAAGUAAACGUUCCAAGACAUAUUAUUUGUGUCAAACCAACACAAAUAGAACUUCAUGGAUUUUGUGAUGCAUCCAUGAAGGCAUAUGGGGCAGCUGUCUAUGUAAAGUCCAUAGACAGCAAUGGGAUAGUUAACUGUCAUUUAGCUGCAUCUAAAUCAAGAAUAGCUCCUAUUAAAAUUCUUUCACUGCCAAGAUUGGAAUAA